AUGUGCUUUUGGACGGGUAAUAAAUGUAUGUUGCGCCGUUGUCCGUGGCGGGCGUGUUGGCGUCGCGUCCGCCGGGCAGCGCGCGCCAGUCGUGUAGAGGGCGGCGGCGCGCGACGCAAGCGCUCCGGCACCGCCACUACGGCCUUCAAGCGGUCGCACGAGGUGUGCGCCACCAGCCUUGUCUCCAUAUCUAGCUCGGAGGGAUCCUCAUGGUCUCCUGGUAUGAGAGGCUCUGGCUCAGAUGGAGGUGGACUCUCCGAUUUCAUCGACGGCUUAGGGCCAGGACAACUAGUCGGCAGACAGUUACUGGGCGCGCCCACGCAGGGCGACGUCCAACUAUCCAUGUGUUACCAGAAAGGAUUUUUGGAGGUGGAGGUAAUCCGUGCUAGAGGUCUGGUAUCACAGCCAGGCAGACGGACCCUGCCUGCGCCUUACAUUAAAGUGUACCUAGUUAGCGGCAAGCGUUGUAUCGCUAAAGCUAAGACGAGCACAGCGCGCCGAACGCUCGACCCACUCUAUCAACAGACGCUUACCUUUAGAGAAAACUUCAAAGGUUGCGUAUUACAGGUGACAGUGUGGGGUGACUACGGACGCAUAGAGGGUAAAAAGGUGUUCAUGGGUGUGGCGCAGAUCAUGCUGGAUGACCUAAACCUAUCUAAUAUUGUCAUAGGAUGUAACCAAGGUUCUACACUGUGUACAAGUGUCGAGUGAACCUAUAUCACAAUAAAAAUUAUAAAUUGUCCAAAUAAUAAAUUUAGUGAUACUGCUUUAAUAUCAUAAUAAAACGCAAAAUAUCUUGA